AUUCGUCCCUACUCGUAUGACAGCAUAUGACAGCUAUGGUCUCUUGUUGAAAGAAUAAUGCAAUAUUUUUUUCUUCUAUAAUUAAGAAUAUUUUCACGUAACAAUUUUUAAAUAAUAAUAGAAAAUCAACUUAGGUUAAGUUAACCUAGUAAUUCAUUUAUUACUUGUGUGUCAAGGGUUCUGUAAAUUCGUAAUUUUACUAAAACCAAAAUGAGACAACAAAUACUUGACGCAAAAAACAGUUCUCAUAAUUCUGGAGAAGCUGAUGAAUGUCUGUUUGAAUAUUUACAUACAGAAAUGGUUAACUAUGCUCUAAGCAAAACUUGUAAAAAUAAGGAAGGGGAAGAAGAAUUGUCUCGACUUGAAUGGAUGGGAUUCAGUGUUGGCUACAGAAUCAUUGAACGAUUGACACGGGAAUGGAAUCGAUUUAAAGAUGAAUUGGAUAUGAUCAAAUUUAUCUGUACAGAUUUUUGGUCUAGUUUAUAUCAUAAACAAAUCGAUAAUUUAAGAACAAAUCAUCAUGGUGUAUAUGUAUUACAAGAUAACUCAUUUAGAUUAUUAGAAAAAAUAGGUACUAGUAAUAAUAAACAAUAUCUUCAAGAAAGUCCACGGUUAUUAGCAUUUACUUGUGGACUUCUAAGAGGAAGUUUAGCAAAUCUUGGAAUUAUUAGUACUGUUAAUGCGGAAAUUUCUACAUUACCAAGUUGUAAAUUUCAUGUACAAGUACAACGAAUUUAAUGUUAAUAAACCUGAUAUAUUUAAUCAUAAAAAA